AUGCUAAACCUCCCCUUCAAAGUAUUGAAGAUCAUCGUAGAGUGGUUUCUUUACAACAAAGAAAACGACAACGACGAAAUGGAAUCCUUCGGCGAGAUGGAUUUAACCGAUUACGGAGCAGAUUCCGACACGUCGGCGCCAUGGUGGUCAUCCCGAUCCAUUCACAAGAAAUCAUUCGAAAUAUACGAAGACGCCGGUAACGAGUCCGAGGCUGCCACAGUCCUUAUGGAUCUCGACGACAAAGAAGGAACGCAUUUCGGUGAUCGAUUAUCCGACCACUACCAACGAAAGUCAUAUGCGAAAACACCCUUUCCUCUCGUCCUAGACAUGGCGUCCGGUUCACCACUCCUUCUAAACCUCCAACAAUUAUACAAGUACAUGCACCAUUUAGACACGCGUCAUCCAGUGUUGGCGACACUCGCGCAAUCCACCAGAUAUAGAGUCGAGGAAGUCGACCUCAUCGUCGAGAAAUGGGAUAGUCAUAGGGUAUGGAAGCAACACUACAGACAGGCAAUUUGCGAACGGGAAGACAACUUGGAAGCACUUGAUUUCACAACCGACGAGGUCGCCAAGAGAGUUGAAGAGAUCAUCCGUUGCAAGACGAUUGAGGCUAUGAGGGAGUUUAGUAUCCGCAGCGAGAAAGAGCUUGUUCUUGCUGCACUUGAUAUUUAUCAAGCUGAUCCGCAACCCGCGAGCGGUCGUAGUGUUGGCGCGCACUUGUUGGAUGUUUUGGGUAUGAGGAAAGGAAAGGGUUAUGAUAGGACGGAGCAAGCCGACUGGACAGAGCCGAAGAUCGAUCUGGCGACUUUCAGCACCACGGGGGAUUUGCUUGUACGGGAGUGUAAGAAUCAUUUGUGGAAUAGUUACUUGGAGGGGUGGGAACUUGAUCCAGGGAUUUUUGAGAUUCUUGACGAGGCGAAGGGCGAGAUUUUAGACGCUGAAGGUUGGGAUCUGGAAUCUACGCAGAUCGAGGAGGUUGAAAAUGAUGGGAUCUGUGAAGAUUCGGCUCUUGAUUGA